CGCCUGGCCCGGUUCUCAGCCCCCUCUCUGUGAAAUUAGCGAAUACUGCAGCAGAAGUGAGUGAGUGAGUGAGUGUGUCACGAGCAGGAGGAAACAGCAAGCGGGGAUUAAUAUUUACAAAAAAACUCAUCUGGCCGGAGACAGAGAUGGCAGCCAUCCGGAAAAAGCUGGUGAUUGUCGGGGAUGGAGCUUGUGGGAAAACAUGUCUCCUCAUUGUUUUCAGUAAAGACCAGUUUCCUGAAGUCUACGUCCCCACAGUGUUUGAGAACUACAUCGCUGAUAUUGAAGUUGACGGCAAACAGGUGGAGUUAGCGCUGUGGGAUACUGCAGGACAGGAGGACUACGACAGAUUGAGGCCCCUCUCCUACCCCGACACAGACGUCAUCCUCAUGUGCUUCUCCAUCGACAGCCCCGACAGUUUAGAAAAUAUCCCUGAGAAGUGGACGCCAGAGGUGAAGCAUUUCUGUCCCAAUGUUCCCAUCAUCCUUGUGGGGAACAAGAAGGACCUGAGGAACGAUGAGCACACACGGAGAGAGCUGGCCAAGAUGAAGCAGGAGCCGGUGAAGACAGAUGAAGGCAGAGACAUGGCCUGCAGGAUCAGUGCUUUUGGCUACCUGGAGUGCUCUGCUAAGACGAAAGACGGUGUGCGGGAAGUGUUUGAAAUGGCCACUAGGGCGGCGCUGGAGGUCCCCAAGAGAAAGAAGAGAGGCGGAUGUACGCUGCUGUGAGAAGUCUGGACACCGUCAAACCAACUGACCAAUUAGAGCAAAACAACACACAUGGACAGCACCGACCCUCGACCAAAUUGUCUCUUCUCAUAUCUUACAAUGGCGUUCAGACGGCUGAUGAAUCAAACAAACCUGAAACAGAAAAUGGAUUUUGUCUAUAAUACAGCUGUUUUUAGAAAUCGUUGUUGAAAGUUGUUGAUUUUUUUUUUUCCUUUAAAAUCUGUCCUUACACUUUGAAUGUUUUCCUACAUGUUUCUCUUUAUAUUUGUAACGUAAUAUGGAGUUAUCCAAGCACAUGUUUGUAUCCACUAUUGUUGUUCAUGAGCUCGGGCGAGCAGCAUUUUAUUUAGCUUGUAUGAAGUGUUUAUGAGUGUCAACAGUCCAGACUGUCCUGUGAGUAUAAGCUCUGUUAAUCAUGCUAGCAUAAUAAUGGAAAAUGAAAGAUGAAGUUUUUAACCACAUGUUGGUGCCUUUUUGUUUUUACACCAGUCUUUGUCUCGUGUUUGUCAGCUUGCUUACAUUUCAGCUAUGGGCUAUCCAUUAUGUUGUGCCUCUUUUGUACAGCAUAAAACCGGAGGUGACAUGACUCGGGAUUUACUGCUUUUCAAGCACAAACAUGAGUCAUUUAUUUUUCAAGAUGCCACUGCUUUCCUUUCACAGACGAGUCACAGUGCUUAUUACAACCGAAGUACAGGGCUCUGUUUCAACCUAUUCAUAUAAAAAAUUGUGACUUGCACUUUUCUAACUGUUUCGUGGUGCACAUAUGAAACAUCGAGAUGAGAAGGCAUUCGAUAAGUGUUAUGGGUCAGAGCAAUUUUUCAUGAAGAUGUUUUUUAUUUCAAUGCGAUUAGUCAUUUAACCAUUUACGGAAACAUGGAAGUUAACAGCUUUGCUUUGAAUCCAUGUUGUACCUAGCAAAAACCUUUAUCAAGACCUUUGUCUGGCAGUUGGCUGGUUGAUGCUUCUUUUCAGGAAAUGUUGGACUUACUGCAAAAGCUAAAAUGCUGCCUUUUUUUGAAAAUUGAUUUGUUACAAGUCAGUGCAAAAAAGACUGGGUUAUGGCCCAAAUGUUUUUAAACACACUAAUUUCUGUAGCCCUUACUUUUCUGUAAAGCUACAUGCAUUCAUUGUAUUGAUUAACUGAGGGUAAUAAAAACCAAUAGACCAAUACAUAGACAAAUUAUGAGUGUUAUAGAGAUGGUGUCUCUAGCUUGAAUAACAAAAAAGUGACAUGGCAUUUUAAAUCACAUUUUCCAACUAAGUAAAGUAGGAUCGUCAAUACAAUGUUGUCCCAACUGAGUAAAAAGUGUAACAGCCAACCCCGGUCUUCCCUACAACCUGGAGUAUUUCCAAGUAUUGAUUACUCCUCAGAUACCAGAGUGAUAAAAUGUAAUUAUAUAUGAUAUUGUUGGACAAACACUUACAUUAGACAUUUGGCUAGUAAUUACUAACACAACAGUCACUGUUACAACCACACUGUUGUGAAUAUAUCUGGAAGUGGUGGAUAUUCUGGGGGCUAAUUUGGUAAUUGUUUUCAAUAAUCCCUGUUUCUUUACACAGAAUUUUAUUGUUUCUGAAAAAUUCUUCUUAUAUUUUUGGCAUAAAACAAAAGCUAUUUUCAUUCAAGAUACAGACGGUAACUGUCUCUGUAAGGUGACAAACAGUCAUCAAGGGUUGAGCUUCACUUUUAGUAUAAGAUCAGAUUUUCACAUUCAUCCUUCCUAACCAUGUCUAGUCUGUGCAGCAGACCAGGAGGGUCGGAUUGAAACAUAUCAACAAACUCACAAAUCCAACGUGACUGAAUGUGACAGCUGGAGCAGAAAUCGCGACCUCUCCUGUUUGAUAAUCAUCAAAGGCUGAGUUCUGCUUCUGCGGAAGGUGAUAUGAUCGUGACUCUAUUGGAAUCCCUGUGUGUCAGACCGAUUAGCCCGCUCCUUGAAAUCAGGUCUUUUAAGAGCUGGUAGCUCCUUAACGAUGAUGUUUCCUGUCGGACGACAUUCUUAUAUGUUUUAGAGAUACUGGUUUGUGUGUGAGGAGUUUGUUUGGUGCCUCCUCCGUUCUGGUGUGCCUUCUUUAGUUGUUUUCUCCCACACCAGGUGGACCAGUUUCUGAUCUCAAAUUGAUACUGGCUGAUUACUUUUAGAGCAAGAUGACCCACAAAGCUUAGUUAUUUACAGUGCUUUAAUAGCAGGUGGGAUUACACAAAAUGUUCCUCCGUUGUUACCUGUAGAGCAAGUGAAAUCUAUUAAUUUAGUCUUUUCUUUGUUAUGUUGUUGUGGGGAAGAAAACAUUGAUUUUACGUCAUAUGAGCAGAUCAUCAUUUUCCCUUAGACUGAACUUUAGCAGCUUUUCGGAGACAUUUAGAGCUCCCUGGGUCCUGUGUUCUUUAACAUUUUAAGCGAUCAAUAAGGGCUAUCCUUGCUGUUCAAAAUGUUAAAAAGAAAAGGAGAGAGUGGCAAAAAGUACUUUGUGGAGACAUGCAUGUGUAAAGUAAAACAAGCUGAGUUUUACGCCAAUUUGAAGAUGUGGGUUUCAAGAGGCAUAACUUUAGUAAGACCUCAGGGGGGGGUGCUGGGAAAAUAAAACCUUUGAUACUCCUUAAUGUGUCAUAUUUGGAAGAUAUUGCGCUUGGGAACAAUAGCCUUUGGAGCAUAGAUGUGCUCCCCUCAGAGACUGCCCGUUAGACUUCAUAAUUGUAAUAAUUUCAAGUUCGACCUGGUAAUACAAUUCCUUCAUAUACAAAACUUGAAAAACCCAGCAAGUUCCUCACACAGACUUUCAAUAGCCCCCCUUCUUUCUGCCUCUGUUGCUUGUGUGUCCUGUACAUGUUAUCAACUGCAUGUUGCUGUCUGUGUAGAGGAGAGUGGAUGUUAAAAGAGUAUCUUCAGUGUUGCAUGAGACAUUUUUGUAAGGCCAAUAAAGGCAUCAAACCUA